GCCUACCCUCCUACACCCGCCUACCCUCCUACACCCGCCUACCCUCCUACACCCCCCGCCUACCCUCCUACACCCGCCUACCCUCCUACACCCGCCUACCCUCCUACACCCGCCUACCCUCCUACACCCGCCUACCCUCCUACACCCGCCUACCCUCCUACACCCGCCUACCCUCCUACACCCGCCUACCCUCCCACACCCGCCUACCCUCCCACACCCGCCUACCCUCCUACACCCGCCUACCCUCCCACACCCGCCUACCAUCCUACACCCGCCUACCCUUCUACACCCGCCUACCCUCCUACACCCGCCUACCUUCCUUCACCCGCCUACCCUCCCACACCCGCAGCAAUAUCUGAUACUCACGCAGCAAUAUCUGAUACUCACGCAGCAAUAUCUGAUACUCACGCAGCAAUAUCUGAUACUCAAGCAGCAAUAUCUGAUACUCAAGCAGCAAUAUCUGAUACUCAGGCAGCAAUAUCUGAUACUCAGGCAGCAAUAUCUGAUACUCAGGCAGUAACAUUUGACACUCAGGCAGCAAUAUCUGAUACUCAAGCAGCAAUAUCUGAUACUCAGGCAGCAAUAUCUGAUGCUUAG